ACUGCAGGGAUGAAACAGACAGAAAGUGAUUAUGAUAUUGCUGUGUCUGUUUCACUUAUCUUUAAAAAUAUCAGUAUGGCUCCAUGGAACAUCGACUCCUAUUUUCCCAGUCCUGCUGUGCAAUGAGACCUGAUAUACAACACUGACAUUGAACAAACAAUUUCAACAAUGACAGAUGGAAUUCAUCUAAAUCACAAUACCAGGAAUACUGCAUUCCAGGACUAGUUUAAUAGUCAAAUUAGAUAAUUUUGAGAUUCAAAAGUGCCCCCCCCUUACCCCUAAACCAAGCCCAUUUUGUUCCUUAUUAAGUUGUAACACAUUCCUCCCCUUGCUAUUGUGAGUGACCCUGCUUUACUCGAAACAUCUGCCCUCGUGCCUGCUCCUCUUCUUCGUGGCCCUGGGUGAUUGGACAGGUGGGUGGCCCUCGGGUGAGCGGGGCACAGUAAAAUGGCUGCCCUCGCCAGCUCGCUGAUCCGACAGCGCAGAGAAGUUAAGGACCCCCAGGCCAACCGACAGAUCUCCAACAAACGCAAGCCCUGCCCUAAAAGCAACAAGUCACUCUGCCAGAAACAGAUUCUUAUCCUUAUCUCCAAAGUCCGGCUUUGUGGCAGCCGAGGGAGAAAGUUGGAGAAAAGACCCGACCCUCAGCUGAAAGGUAUCGUCACACGCCUGUACUGUCGACAUGGCUUCUACCUGCAGAUGUUACCCGAUGGCACCCUGGAUGGCACAAAGGAUGAAAGCAGCUCCUUCUUGCUGUUCAACUUGAUUCCUGUGGGUCUGAGGAUAGUGGCCAUCCAAAGCACCAAGACGGGUCUCUACAUUGGUAUGAACAGUGAAGGCUACCUCUACACUUCGGAACAUUUCACGCCGGAGUGCAAGUUUAAGGAGUGUGUGUUUGAGAACUAUUAUGUGAUGUAUUCGUCAAUCUUGUAUCGUCAAACAACGUCGGGUCGUGCCUGGUACAUAGGUAUUAAUCGAGACGGACAAGUCAUGAAAGGGAACCGGGUCAAAAAGACAAAAGGUGCAGCCCACUUCCUGCCUAAACUCAUAGAAGUUGCCAUGUACAGGGAGCCAUCUCUACAUGAUGUUGGCGAACAAAGCCCACCUAGAAAAACGGCCAAAACUUCAGACUCACCUGUCCAUAAAAACUGCAAGAAAGACCUGCUAUCUGUACCUGCAGCAUCCUAGCAAACAAGAGAAGGAAAGCUUGGCUUGCACAGACAUGCAACAACAGAGGCACAGGGGGUUCAAUACAAUUAAUAUUUGUAAUCUUUCUGCUGAUCCUCAGAACUAAGGAUUUCCUACAAUGCAUCAAGGCUCUAAAGACCCUUGUUAACAAGUCUAAAGCCUAUCGCACUUCCCCUCGGUCUCUCCCACUUCCUUAAUCAAGGGAAUAAAACUGAGCAAUAAAAAGGUCAGAGUUUCCUCAAGCACUCUCACUGGCUAUGCCUGUUUCUUGACAACAGCUACACCUUAAAGAUCUUUGUCUUCCUCUAUUUAUUUAUUUUUUUAAAACAAAAGUCUUUCAUGUCACAAGAAACACUUCCUCCUUGUGAAGCAAUUUAUGCUUGAUAUUUAAACCAUUCCCUCCCUUUGUUCAGUCAUUCACAGGUCACCCAUAUUUGUUUUCUUUCAGAAGCCCCUGUUGGCUCUAAUCACCUUAGCACCUCUGAGAUCCCCUGCCAUCUCUAAGCCCUGUUUGUAAUCUUCUUGUCAUUCUCCACCUCCUUUGAACUUUGAUUAGCUUGAAACACAGAGGCCAUUUUCCACUUCACAACACAGAAAAAUCCCAGCACGCUCUCUCUGGGACCAUUAAGGAUGCUGCCACAUAUAUACUCGCAUAAACGAAAUCACAAAAUAAAUAAAACUUCCCCUUCCUCUAAGGAGGAAAACCUCUUUCAUAGGCAGUGAAAACCUCUUUCUCUGAUCAUCGGCUCCUAUACUGAUGAGUCUGUGGAGGGUGGAAAUUUGUGUGUGUGUGUGUGUGUGUGUGUGUGUGUGUGUGUGUGUGUGUGUGUGUGUGUGUGUGUGUGUGUGUGUGUGUGGAGAACAGCAAUACACUGUAAUUUGUAAGAUGACUCGUAAUAGAGGGAGUAAGGCUGCAUUAUUGCAUCUUUUGGUUGUGAAAAGUUGUUGUUUUCCUCAUUGUAAUAUGCCCAGAGAGCAAUAUUGGUAUAGUUGCACACUUUCUCCUCUCCUUGUGUGUGAGGUUUUAGAACAGUGUUUCAUAAGACUACUGAGGCUGCAAGAUGUCCAAAGUUCAUGUACCUACAUUCAGUUUCACUCUAUCACAUUUGGAUGAGAUCAAAGGCACUUCAUCCAGAUAAAUUAAACAAAACACAUGAUGAAAGGUCCAUUUCUUGUUAAUUUUCCACUGAUAAAUCUGGGGAAUAGGACCCAAAGGAGCACAUAGAGAAUAAUUUUGAGCUACCACUCUAUACAAUACAAGAUUUUGUUUUUAUACAUGUUUAUGACAUUUCAGUCCAAAUUUAUUACAGAAGGUGUUCUUAAUAUAACAGAUUGGAAAUGAAAAUGAGGUGCAUUCAAAGUGUUCUGAGGAGCAUUACCAAUUAAUUUCAUACAAACACGCCUUCACUUAUUCAUUUGUGUUUUUUCAAUGGCUGUCUUACAGUUUUCAUAUUUAUUUCGUUUCUAGCUAUAAGCGGUAUAAGCGGCCACUUAGGGCCCCUGAGCCACCAGGGGGCCCCGCAAAGCAAGGUUGUUGUUUUCUGUUUCAGGCAGAUGUUAUGGCUCAAUUAGACAGUUAUAGGGGCCCCCUUGUUGCCCGAGAGAGAAAUGAGAAUGUAACUGCAAUUCAUGGGUGGGCCUGGUUUCAGGAGGAGGGGGGUGGGGUGUGGGUUAGGAGUCUCCAAGUAGGAUUUCGCUUAGGGCUCCCAUAUGCUCAGAAACGGCUCUGGUUAUAUCAAGAGCACAUUGGUGGUUAUAAUCAGUAUCACAGCGAUACCAAGGACAGAGUUUAAAUACAUUUCAGGAAAUCAAACUUUUCUUCUGCUGAUCUGAAUAAUUUCUCAUAGCAUGCACCUGGUGUAGAGGAAAUUAUAUCUAAUUAUCCUUGCCUCUUGCAGCAUUGUAGAGAGAAACAAAGGUAUUAAGACCAAAGUGGAAACAACUAGAGAUAUAUUAGUAAUGGCAAAGGAAAUAAUACAUUUAGAUCAGGGUGUUAAUAUUUCUGAGAUUAGAGAAGAAGAAUAGUUUCCUUACUGCUGAUGGGCAUACAAAUCACAAUAUCCAUAGGUAAUUCACCAUCCCUCGCAAAAGUCGUAAAAGUUUUUGGUGUUAGCAUUUUUUAACAUCCCAGGCAGAUUGUUUUCAAAGUGGUUGAAUCAAAAAGCUCAGCAUCUCAUAGCUUCUGGGUACACAUCAUUAAGACUAACGGCAUCUUGAUUUUUCUUCAUAAAUGAUAAUGUGUUUUGUAAUUUUGCCAGCAACAAUUUCAAACCAGCUCAGACUCAGCUUUUCGUAAGUCUCAUAAAACAGUCUUUCAUUUGUUUGUCUUCAAUUUUGAAGUGCUGUAAUAUCUGAAGGGCUAUUUAAAUUAUCUUUUGCAGGUCCACUUGGUGCAGUAGACAUUUACAAGAAUAAGUAAACAAAGGCAACACAGUAAGAUAGUAAUGUUUAAAAAAAAAAAAAAAAAAAAAAAGUAGGCCAGGCUGCAAAGGUUUUAAAAACAUAUGAUAUAGACUGUUUUAUAAAGCAAUGACUUUAUGGGUUUGAUCCCAUAAUGUAAUCAUUCAGUUUAAUAACAUUGAUUACAGCAUAAAAGUGAUUGUUACUAUGAAAUGUGCCCCCUCUGUAAAUGUCAUGAUAGAGUCUGUGCUAAUUUCUGACCUGGUCAAAAAAUGUUUUUUGCAUUUUUGAAGGCUUGUAAAUCCAAUAUAUGAAGAUAAAAAGUGAUUAAAGGAGCGAUAACUUUCAGCUCCUUAGUUUAAGUCUGUUUCAGCUGACAGUGAUGUGCCUAUACAACGCAACAUUAAAGAAAAGAAAAGAAAAGAAAAGAAAAGAAAAGAAAAGAAAAGAAAAGAAAAGAAAAAUUAGUUCAAGUGAAAGUAAAUAUUUUUUUACCUGAAUUCACAGUGUUAUCUAUCUAAAUUCUUUUAUAUAUUUGGCAUGCUCACAAAGGCCAGAUAGGGUGGUUUAACAAUUAUAUUAAUGACACAGCUAGUCCUUCUCUCUCACUGUUACUUUACAGCCAUACAAAGAGAGGCCAGGAGAUAGCUAAGAGCUAAUGCUUUCACUACAGCCAAACAAUUAUAAGACGAAUGUGAUGUAUGUGUAUGAUUAUGCACAAGAUAGAGGGUGACCUUGUAAACUGCCAUAUUUCUGUUUUUGUUAAACUGAAAUUUUGGGGAAUCAUAUUUCUGGUAUUUGGGAAUUUCAUGUCACUAAUUGUGUGUGUGUGUGUGUGUGUGUGUGUGUGUGUGUGUGUGUGUGUGUGUGUGUGUGUGUGUGUGUGUGUGUGUGUGUAGGCGGCCAUUUUGGGGUUUAUGAGGAAAUGGUUUUAUGUUUCAAACUGGUAAUUACAUGUGUAUGAUGUUAGUAGUAUGCUUUACAGUUCAUAUCUUCCUAAGAUGAGUAUUUACUGCAACUACUAGAAAAUGUUCAAGUCUGCACCUGGUCUAAUAAGCAUUCAAUUUUGUUCAUAUAACAGAUAUUUAUCUUAAAGGGAAGUUCACCCAAAAAUUUAAAUUCUAUCAUUUACGCACCCUCAUGCCAUCCCAAAUGUGUAUGACUUUAUUUAUUCUGCUAAAUAGAAAUUAAGAUUUGAGAAGAAUAUUUCAACUCUGUAGGUCCAUACAAUGCAACUGAAUGGUGUCCAGAACUUUCAACCAACAAAAACCACAUAUAGGUGGCAUAAAAGUAACCCAUAUGACCAUAUGUAAAAUAAGUCUUCAGAAGUGAUAUGAUAGGUGUGGGUAAGAAACAGAUAAAUAUUUAAGUAUUUCUUUUUACUAUAAAUCUCAACUUUCACUUUCAUCUGCUUCUCACUCAAAGUGAUUGCAUCGCUUCAGAAGACAUAUAUUAAACCACUGGAGUCCUAUGGAUUACUUUUACUAUGACUGCCUGUGCUUUUUGGAGAUUUAAAGUGCUGAUCACCAUUCACUUGCAAUGUAAGGACCUACAGAACAGCAGUGAGAUAACCUUCUAAAAAUCUUUGUGUUCUGCAGAAAAAAAAGUCAUGCACAUCAGGGAUGUCAUGAAACUGAAUAGAUGAGAAAAUUAAAAUUCUUGUGUGAACUAUUCCUUGAAGUGUGUUUGCAAUGUUCUAUUACAUUUUUAAGCAACACUAAUUAAUUACACACAACAGCAAUUUACAGAUUUGUUUAAAUACUGUGUUGUGGUUCAGAGUGAUGUGGUUUGGAGUGAUCUAUGUUAUCAUGUUAUAUGUUGUAGUUUAUUUUAUUUUCUGCACUUCUAGAAGACAAUCAGACAUUAUUUUAAGAGCAUUAGCACCAGCAGCAUAUCUAAAAAAAAAAUGAAUUUAAGUCAUAAACACCAUUUCUCCACAUAGAACAAUUACAUAGCAUACAUAUUUGUGUUUUGUGUGUUUUCAUGCUUCAAUUAGGGUGAUUAACCAGGGUCAAUUCAUGUAAACUGAGGGCAAACAUAUUUUCAAAAUUACUGGGUGUAGAAAAUAAUUUUACGAUGAUUAAAAGAUAAAUCUUUGAGAUAAAUCUUUGUAUUUACUGAUAUUUGGUGUCUGUAAUUGUGUGUGCGUGUGCAUGUGUGUGUGCGCGCUUGUGUGUGCGCAUGCAUGCGUGUGUGUGUGUGUGUGUGUGUGUUCAUGUGUGUGACUUUGAGGUGUAGCCCCAACGCAGUAUCUGCAAUGCAGUAGAAAAGACAAAAACUCAACCCUCCUCCCAUGUUUUGACCAAAGUCUUAUCCCCCAGGAUACUCUAACUCUUAGCCCUCACAAAAGCACUGUGCAAAUGUGCUACACUUCCUCUCGGAUGAAUGUCAUUGCCUCUGGUUACUAACUGGUAAUUACAAGAGUAUUAUGCCGUAAAUGUGGUUUAUGAGGAAAUUUCAAGUGUCCCCAUAAUUCAAACUGCUUAAAAAAACAUACUUAAAACUGUUUUUUUGAAAAUGUAAAAAUGCAGAAAGUUUUUUGUGAGGGUUAGUUUUAGGUGUUGUGUUAGGUUUAGGGGAUAGAAUCUAUAGUUUGUAGAGUAUAAUAAACCAUUAUGUCUAUGGAGAGUUCUCAUAAGGAUAGCUGUGUGUGUGUGUGUGUGUGUGUGUGUGUGUGUGUGUGUGUGUGUGUGUGUGUGUGUGUGUGUGUGUGUGUGUGUGUGUGUGUGUGUGUGUGUGUGUGUGUG